CUGAGCUGCCCUGCACCCUGCCCCACAUGGACACACGGGUGCAGGAUGGGGCCGAGGCACUGCUGGAAGGAUGCCCAACGGCCGAGGUGUCGGAGGGGGCCCAGUGGGAGCAGCGCCCGGCGGGGCAGUGGACGGUGGCGGAGGUGGGUGCCUGGCUGGCUGCGCGGAGCGGGACCCGGGAGCUGGCGGAGCUGGCACAGGAGCACGCCGUCUCGGGCCGGGUCCUGCUGCGGCUGACGGAGGGGACCCUGCGGCGCAUGGGGGUGGCCCCGCGGAGCCGGCGCCGGGAGCUGCUGCGGGAACUGCUGCGACUGCGGCUGCAGCAGGAGCUCGAAGAGCUGCUGAACAUCGUUGGGGAGUGAAGGUGGUGUCCCUAUGGAUGUCCCGGAGCCUGCGGGAGGAGAGGUGACGCCAUGGGAGGACAAAGCAGCAGCUGGAACUGAACACCCGAGGCAGGAGCGGUGCUGGAGGGAGCCCCGAGGUCACCGUGUCCCCCCGAGAAGCCCAGACCUGGCCGGCGAGGCAGGGAGAAGCGGUCACCGGGUCCCC